UUUUUACAGCCCUGCCAUUGGCUGUCGCACACCUUGCACCCCUGCUCGGCUUCUCAACCUCCCCCACUCCCCUCCUCGUGCGGCUCGCCGACCACUCCGAGGCAGAACUAGACUGACGCUCCGAGCCAAGGGCGGGUAGGGGCAGCAGCGUCGCUCUCCUAAUGGGCAUGUGCACCCCCCUCACACCGUCCCCGCGGGCAGCCCCUGGAGUCCGUGGUUUGCGGAUGGAGCAUGGGCAGAUUCUGCAGCAGGGCGGGUUGUCCCAUCAGGCUCCCCGCACAGCGCCGCGUGGGGGGCCGGGCAGCCCCCCAAUGGCCCCGCGAGCCAGAGCCGCUGCCCAGCGCCUCAUUAGUUCAGCUCGGGCAGCAGGCGGCGGCGCAUGCGCCUGCCAUUGGAGCGCUCUCCAGCGGCUCUCCGGCUGAGCGGGGCAGAGGGGAAGGGAGUCGCCGGGGACUGUUCCAGGAGCGGGGGCGAGAUGGCUGGGGAGAACCAGCACCAGACCCUCAGGAAGAGCAUCGCAGCCCAGCCGCCCGCAGCGCCGCCCCGGCCGCCCAGGAGCAGCAGCUCCGAGCGAGUGACUCUGAAGAAGGAGAUCGGGCUCGUCAGCGCCUGUGCCAUCAUUAUAGGUAACAUUAUUGGUUCUGGAAUCUUUAUUUCACCAAAAGGAGUUCUGGAACACUCUGGGUCAGUGGGACUAGCUCUUGUUGUUUGGGUGCUUGGAGGAGGAAUUGCUGUCCUUGGAUCUUUAUGUUAUGCUGAGCUAGGAGUUGCUAUCCCAAAAUCAGGAGGGGAUUAUUCCUAUGUCACGGAGAUUUUUGGUGGGUUAGCUGGUUUUUUGCUGCUAUGGAGUGCAGUGCUUAUCAUGUACCCUACCAGCCUGGCUGUUAUCGCACUGACAUUUUCAAACUAUGUUCUACAACCGGUGUUCCCUAAUUGCAUCCCACCUUAUAAUGCCUCCAGGGUCCUCUCCACGGUGUGUUUAUUACUCCUGACUUGGGUGAACAGCUCCAGCGUUCGAUGGGCAACUCGCAUCCAGGAUAUAUUUACAGCAGGAAAACUGUUAGCCUUGGCCCUUAUCAUUACUAUGGGCUUCAUACAGAUCUUUAAAGGAAACUAUGAAGAACUGACACCAAGCAAUGCAUUCAAUUUUUGGAUGUCUCCAUCUGUGGGACAGUUAGCAUUAGCUUUUCUUCAGGGGUCAUUUGCAUUCAGUGGGUGGAACUUCUUGAAUUAUGUAACAGAAGAAUUAGUUGAUCCCCGCAGGAACCUACCUCGUGCCAUAUUCAUAUCCAUCCCAUUGGUGACAUUUGUGUAUACAUUCACCAAUAUUGCAUAUUUCACUGCCAUGUCACCUCAAGAGCUCUUGUCCUCCAAUGCUGUGGCAGUAACAUUUGGUGAAAAGUUACUGGGCUAUUUUUCCUGGGUUAUGCCAGUCUCAGUGGCCUUAUCUACAUUUGGAGGAAUAAAUGGAUACCUUUUUACCUCAUCAAGGUUAUGUUUUUCUGGAGCUCGUGAAGGUCACUUGCCCAGCUUGCUUGCUAUGAUUCACGUUAAACACUGCACCCCAAUCCCUGCCCUUCUAGUGUGUUGUUUGACCACUAUUAUCAUCAUGCUUGUUGGAGACACGUACACAUUAAUUAAUUACGUAUCGUUUAUUAACUACCUCUGCUAUGGAGUGACAAUCAUAGGCCUGAUUGUGUUGCGCUGGAAGAAACCCAAAAUCUUCAGACCUAUCAAGGUGAAUCUCCUUGUUCCAGUCACUUACCUGCUAUUUUGGGCAUUUCUACUGAUCUUCAGUUUCUAUUCUGAGCCAGUUGUCUGUGGAAUUGGACUAAUUAUCAUAUUAACUGGAGUGCCCGUGUUUUUUCUCGGAGUGUACUGGAGAAAUAAACCAAAGUGUGUAAAUAGGCUAGCUGAAUCCAUGACAUACUGGGGACAGAAGUUGUGUUUCGUCGUCCACCCUCAGGAGGGAGCUCCAGAAGAGGAUGAUCUGUCUUUCACUCAGUCUCAGCUACCAGGAAGUGAAAAGUCCUUGAAGAAACAGUGAAAAGUCCUUGAAGAAAUAAUGAAGCAAUAAUGAGACAGAAGUAGUUUUUUGUUUACAUGUUGAUUUUUGCAAAAAGUUUUUCUUGAAAAAAAAAUGUUUUUAGAAAUUGGAUACAGAAGCCCAUGAAAUGAGCUACACUUUUACAAGAGUCCUUAGUGCUUAGCUUUUCCUAAAAAAAAUAAAAUAAGGAGCUGGUUAUUUAUUUCUGACAGUGUAUUUCAGUCAGCAAGGAAGUUUAGUGCAGAUACAGUAAGCUAAGUUCUUCAUCACCAAUUCCAGCAGCCUUCGGGAUUAAUCUGGAAAUUUCAAGAUUGGGGCCUCCUCCAAUAGUGAAAAUAAAAUGGGGAAAGUCAAUGGAAUAGGGGAAGCCUAUGGUCCUACUCAUGCUCCCACUGGAGUCAGUGACAAAACUCUAAUUGAUUUCACUGGCACAGGAUCAGACCCCACAUGACCCAUGUAGUUUUCAAAUUAAAAUCUAAAAAACUCAAUUGUGCGAACACUUCUGCCCGUGAAUAACUUUACCCCUGAGAGCAAAGUUACACGCAAGCCUAUGUAUUCGCAAGUUUGGGUAUUAAAAUUGUGACCGUUGUUAGCGUGAACAGUAAGGGUAUGUCUACACAUCAAAGAAAAACCCACUGCUGCGGUUCGUGGGGCUCAGCUCGGGGGGCUGUUUCAUUGCUGUGUAGACCAGGCUCAGGCUGGAGCCUGGUCUCUGACACCAUACAUGUGGGAAGGUCCCAAAGCUCAGACUCCAGCCCAAGCCCAGAAGUCUACACAACAAUGAAACAGCACCGCAGCCUGAGCCCUGCGGGACUGAGUCAGCUGGCAUGGGCCAGCCGCGGGUUUUUCUUUGCUGUGUAGACGUACCCUAAGAGCUUAUCCAGGGUAUUUAUAUACAAUACAUUAGAGCUGAAUGUAUAACUUCUACACUGUAUUUGAUCAUUUUUAUCAUCGUUCAAUUAUGUAAAGAAACCAUGGAAAUUGUGAUAUGAUCUAAAGUAACUUCAGUCUUCAAGCAGUUUUGCAAACAAGGAGUUGGGGUUUGUAGUAUGAAAUCUGAACAGCUCUGUUAUUACAAUAACCAGAAAAAAAGGUGGGUGAGGUAAUAUCUUUUAUCUGACCAACUUCUUUUGGUGAAAGAGACAAGCUUUCAAAUUUUAAAAAAUGUAUUUAAACUGAUUUUAAACUUGGUUAGUCACUUCUUAUAGCAUAUACUUUUUCUUCAAACAGGAAUUGCAAGCAAUAUUUGUGUAAAACAAAAACACCAGCCUCAAGUACCACAAUCUUUACGUCUAUACAUUUGAUGUGCUACUUUAACAAACAAAUGCCAAUAGAGCAAGUAUUGGCUAAUCAUUGGUGCUUCUAGGACAGGCUAUCUAUCUAAGGACUCCUCUACAUGGGAAAGUUUCAGUAUAACCUAAGGUGUGAAUUUAAAAGUGAUGGUUAUACAAGGACCUCCUCCCACCCUAUGGACACUUAUAGUUAGGGCCCUACCAAAUUCAUGGUCCAUUUUGGUUAAUUUCAUAGUCAUAUGAUUUCAAAAACCUUAAAUUCAUGAUUUCAGCUAUUUAGAUCUGAAAUGUCAUGGUGUUGUAAUUGUAAGGGUCCUGACCCAAAAAGGAGUUGUGGGGGGUUCGCAAGGUUAUUGGAGGGGGCAUUGUGGUACUGCUAUGGGUACUUCUGCACUGCUGCUGGUGGUGGUACUGCCUGCAGAGCUGGGCAGCUGGAGAGCGGCGGCUGCUGGCCGGGAGCCCAGCUCUGAAGGCAGAGCCGCAGCCAGCAGCAGCACGGAAGUAAGGAUGGCAUGGGAUGGUAUUGCCACCCUUACUUCUGCACCGCUGCCUGCAAAGCUGAGCCCUUGGUCAGCAGCCACCACUCUCUGGCCACCCAGCUCUGAAGGCAGCGCAGAAGUAGGGCUGGCAAUACCGUGACUCCCCUAAAAUAACCUUGUGACCCCCCCUGCAACUCCCUUUUGGAUCAGGACCCUCAAUUUGAGAAACGCUGGCCUCCCCCAUGAAAUCUAUAUAGGGUAAAAGUACACAAAAGACCAGAUUUCACAGUCCAUGAUGUGUUUUCAUGGCCAGUGAAAUUGAUAGGUCCCCACUUCUAGUAUUAAAAGCUGGGGGCGGGGGUUUAGUUUGUUUCUUGGGAAAGGAUUUAAGCUAAACCAAAGUCACUCAUAUAGUAGCCACACAGGGAAGUUCAGAGUGAUAUAACUGGUAAAAAACUCUCAUGUAAGCAAGCAUAGACAGCACAGAAAGGCAUUGGAAAAGGUACUCGGACCUUACAAUGAUGCGCAUGUGCCACCUCAGCUGCACUGUUGUAGGAUAAGCAGCGUAGUGCCUCUUUGUCGCCAGGAGAUAGUUCUCCCGACAAAAAAAUAAAACCACUCCCAAUGAGGGACGGUAGCUUCGUCGCUGGGAAAGCAUCUCCUGCCAACGAAGCCUUGUCCACGCUAGCGCUUUUCAUCAUUAAAAGUUGUGUUGUUCUGGGGGGGUUUUUUUCACCCCCCUGACCAAAGAAAUUUGAACGACUUAAGUGCAGUGUAGACAUAGCUUGAAUAUCACAACUAAAUACAAGGUGGAACAGAGUGUUUAGCAUAAGUAGUUCACGCAUAUCUAAGAGACUAUUCAAGGUGUUAAGAGUUCAGUGUAGUUCAAAAGCUUCUCUCUUUCACCAACAGAAGUUGGUCCAAUAAAAGAUAUUACCUCACCCACCUUGUCUCUCUAAUAUCCUGGGACCAACAUGGCAAACAACAUUACAAUAACCAUAUAUUUAUGCUAAACUUAGUAAAGUUCUACUGUCAAAUGGGAAGAAAAAGAACUCUACUGUGUUUCUAGUAUAAAUGCAAUGGGAAAAAAAGGAACAAAUUCUGGUAUAUUUCUAUUUUUUCUAAUGUGCUCACACAAAAAUUCACCUCGCCUUUGAAGACAAACUCCACAUUUCACCCAUGUUCAAUGAAGAAACUGUCCUUAAUUUUUUUACCACCAGAUGCUCAUUAGAAGGUGCCUUGGUAUGUUUGUAGUUGUAACAAAUUGAUAUGUUUAGAGUUCUAGUAGUGGCUUAUUUGCUAAAUUUAUGGUGGUUGCAAAUGUAAAAAUGUAACCAUUUUCAUACCAAAGAAUCUUUUGAAAAACGCAAAAUCACAGAAUAGCUCUAAGCAAUAUUCCAAUAGCUACUACUUUGUUGUAACUUUUAGAAAUAUAGAUGAUCAUAUUUACUACUUUUAAAAUAGCCAUAUCAAUUUUAAUUUGCAAGUAUCAUGAUUUACUGUAUUUUAAAGGCCUUGGUACAACAAUUAAGGAUUCAAUUGGUCUCUUAGUUUGUCAAGUACCAUAGGACUACUCUCUACAAAUACACUGAACCUGAGACUCAGACUAUGAGGCAAGUUCAAGGAAAGCAUCUUCCAACUGAAUUUAGAAUUUAGAAUGUGUUUUUAUUUUAAAUAUAUACAUUCAGAUGGUAUAUAUCCAGAUCUUUCAGACAGUAGAUAUUUUAAAAGGAAGCACAAUAUACCCUCCUCUCUUUGUAUGAAGCGGUUAAUCAAGAGAUUAUUAAACUAUAUAUGUAGUUAGAGAGAAAGUGUGUGUUGUGUAUAUACAUAUAUAAAUGCUAGAGAGACUCCACAUUUAAAUAAUCUUUUGAAUAUGUAGCUUUGCAAAUGAAAGUUACAAACAUGAAGCCACAUUUUUGACAGAGGAUGGACGCCCAUCACUGUGCUGAAGACAACAAAUUUAUAUUGAUUUAGCAUGAUUUACCUUUAUACAUGAUUUACCUUUGCCUGUCAAGGCUUUCAUGACCAAGAUUCUGAUGUUCUUUAGAUUAAAAUUCAUGCUCAGUGACAGUUUCAGAAAAGAUUCCUUCCCCUUCCAAUAUCACAAGAUAGCAAAUUAUAUAGAAUUUAGCAUCAACAAUAGUUUAUUUCCCCCAACAAUGAAGAUAUGAAAGUUGACUGGAGUUUAGGCUUUGCAGAACUCUUCAGCAACAAGCCUGUGCUGUUAUGAGAAAGGCACAAAUAAUAAUAAUAUACUGCAACUGCUGUCAUGGUUUCACUUAGAUUGUUUGUUUGUUUGUUUGUUUAAGGAAAUGAAAAUCAGAAUUAAAGGACCAAUUGCCUCGCA